AUGGACCCUGCCUCAUUUGCCUUUUCCGUCGCUUCCAUGCUGCAGUUCUGCAUCCACCUUGGAAAGGACUUGUACGCACGUUGUGAAGCAUACCGUUCAGCUGAGCGCGAAUUGCAAGAAGCCAAUCUGAAAAUCAAGGGUCACUGGAUCAAGAUCGAGCAACAAUUGUCCGCACUCCAGGCCGUAUGGGAGGCCCUCCCGGAUGCUUUGCAGAUCCAUCAAUUUCAGGUGCUCCAAGUACUCCGAAGCAAGCUCAAGGCCGCAGUCAAGAGCAUUCAGAGUCUGAGUGUCGACCUCGGAGCUGAAGCCUCACACGAUAAACCCAUAGACUCUUCCCUCGCGCGCAUACUGCUGAAAGUGUCCCGCUUUAAACGGAUCAAAUACGCCGUGUAUGCCAAGGAGUCUCUCGAACAUGUCGUUGAAGAGUUGGAGCAAUGGCAGAGAACCUUCGACCCAUCCUGGUUCUUUUUGAGUCGUCUGGCCGUCCAGACAAUUGAUCAGGAGUUUAGUGGGAAGAGGGCUGCCGAGAGCAAGGCCGUUUCGACCGUGGUAAAUCUGCGUCAAGCCCACCGAAUUCACGACGGGGAGAGCUCCGCCUCGAUUUUCCUGGGGAAGGAUUUCGUCAUUGGACGCUACACGGCGAUUACUUCGUCUUCUUCAUGGCUUGCUCGCACCGAUGAAGGGGUGGUAGUUGUCGACCGCAUCCCGAUCAGGCGACAAAACGACCUCCGUAGCCGCACGAGGGACGUUCGCGAUCUAGCGCGCAUCCUUUCCAAAGUCGAUCCGGACACAUUUGGCCUUCUGUCCUGCCGCGGCGUACUGAGGACGGAAAGGACCUUCGAUCUUAUUUUUCCUGUCCCACAAAAUCAGCAGCAAGGUCCUAUUAGUAGUCUCCGCUAUAUCCUGUCGACACGUGCCGAGCGCAGCUUUACUCUAAACGAGCGGGUGAAGUUGGCAAAUUCUCUGGCUCGAUCGGUCGUGUUCUUACACUCGUCGUCAUUCGUCCACAAAAGCAUUACCCCAGAGAAUAUCAUCAUUUGCAGAUCGCAUGCAGACCGUCUGGGUACGCCUUAUCUAGUUGGCUUCGACCAAUUUCGACUGGCGGAAGGCCCGACCCACUUGAGUGGCGACAAGGAUUGGGAGAGGAACCUCUACCGUCAUCCACGACGCCAGGGGAUACAUCCCGAAGAUGAAUAUAUCAUGCAGCAUGACGUAUACAGCCUUGGGGUCUGUUUGUUGGAGAUUGGACUGUGGACUUCUUUCGUCGAGUACUCGGGAGAUUACGGCCAGCCUAUUCCAGGGCCUUCAUUAUCAAUCAAGGAUCUUAUUGUUGAAAGAGAUCAAAGACGAGCAGCCUACCAAAUCAAGAGAAUGCUUGUUGACCUGGCCAGAAGCAAGUUGCCAGCUUUGAUGGGAAACAUCUUCACUGAAGUUGUCGUGUCAUGUCUGACAUGUCUCGAUAAGGACAAUGAGUUAUUCGGAGAUGAAGAAGAAUUCCUGGAUGAUGACGGCAUUUCCGUUGGUGUUCGCUACAUCGAGAAGAUUCUAUUUGCGCUUCAAGGGAUUGCGGUGUGA